GAUGGUAACAGGGCCAUGUGGAGAUUCUAUGAUGAUUUUUAUUUCCCCUGUGUAAUCAUUAUCGACAAGGGUGGGAUGUACUACAACACCUUGCAGGGUGCUACCCUGGAAAACCAUGAUAGCUUGCUGGUCAGUGUCCCUACCAUGAACCUCAUCUUACUUCACCUCAUCCUCUUUUCAGCUGCCGAAGGGAUCUUCACAAAGAACAGCACCAAGAUGAGUGUGACAGAUAUCCUCUCCCCUAAGGACAUCGAAGCAGCUCUGUCCAGCUGCAAAGCUGCUGGCAGCUUUGACUACAAGAUCUUCUUCUCCAAGGUUGGCUUAUCUGGCAAGACCCCUGACCAGGUCAAGAAAAUUUUCAGUAUCCUGGACCGGGACAAAAGUGGCUUUAUAGAAGAAGAUGAGCUUCAGAACUUCCUGCAGAACUUUGCCCCUGAUGCCCGAGCUCUGACACCUGAUGAGACCAAGAUUUUUCUCACAGCUGGAGAUUCUGAUGGUGACGGCAAAAUCGGAGUGGAUGAAUUCCAAAUUAUGACAAAGUCAUAAAUGGCAUUAGACCAAAAGGCAAGAUAUGGACUGACUUCGGGUUUUUCCUCCGGUUAGCACCUCCUCACACUUGGCACAUCUUGGUUCAUUUUUGUAUUUGUCACAUGCCAAUCAUAAAAUGGCUCUAUGUUGUUAAUUUCACAAAUGCAAUUCAAGAUCUUUCAAUGUACAGGUGUUUGGGUCAUGUGGUGUUGUGUCUUAAUAGGGACACAGUCACACUGUUGAUGCUGUAGCUGGGAAAAGGGUAAAUGAAACAAUAAAAAAAAACCUGUGAAAGAAA